UUGCUCUUGAUUUGGGACGCGACCCAGGUCCCACUUAACCAGUUCCUGGUUGCAGAGUUGUAUGGAAACAGGUAGAAAAGGCGAUGUGUGUGGGAAUAAAGUUGUGUUUUGCGGGUAAAUUGGAGUGAACACGACAACAUGAGCUGGAUUCCAUUUAAGAUCGGGCAACCGAAGAAACAGAUCGUUUCAAAGACGGUUGAAAGAGACUUUGAGCGGGAAUAUGAGAAGCUCCAGAAGUUGGAAGACCAAACAAAGCUGCACAAAGACAUGAAGAAAAGCACAGAAGCCGAUAUCGCGAUGUCUAAAGCUGCCGUAAAGAUCAGUGUGGACUUGCUGAAUAACCCUCUGUGCGAGCAGGACCAAGCCUUCCUGGAGUCUAUGAUUUCUCUGGAUACAGCCAUGAAACGAAUGGAGGCAUUCAACCUGGAGAAGGUCAAUCAGAUCCAGAAGACAGUGAUUGAUCCGCUCAAAAAGUUCAGCAGUGUGUUUCCAAGCUUGAACAUGGCGGUGAAGCGGAGAGAGCAGGCCUUGCAGGAUUAUAAACGACUGCAGGCUAAAGUGGAAAAAUACGAGGAGAAGGAGAAGACCGGACCCAUCAUGGUCAAACUCCAUCAGGCAAGGGAAGAGUUGAGGCCGGUCAGGGAGGAUUUCGAAGCCAAGAAUAAGCAACUUUUAGAAGAGAUGCCCAAAUUCUACAACAGCCGCAUCGACUACUUUCAGCCGAGCUUCGAGGCACUUAUCCGAGCCCAGGUGGUCUACUUCACCGAGAUGCACAAGAUCUUCAGCGACCUGACCGAUCAGAUCGAUCAAGGCGGCCUGACAGACCAGGAACGAGAACAGCAGAACGAGGUCAAGCUCAACGAACUGCGCGCUCUGUCCAUCGUAGCGGAUGACUGAAGGGAAAAAAAAAAAAAAAAAGCAGGUCUCUCAGUGCCAGGUGUUUUUUUUUUGUUUGUUUGUUUAUGUUGUUUUCUCUCUCUUUCUCUCUCUUUCUUUCUCUCUCUCUUUCUGAGUUAUGAUUCUUUUCUUUUUUUUUAUCAGAAUGUUUGUCGGCAGCCGGACGGCUGUGGUGCAGAAUUCCGGCAGUGUAGAUGUAGUGAGGAUACAAAGAACUUGCGUAACUUAUUCAACCUCAGUUAAAAAAAAAAAAAAAAACAUUUUCUUUGUGAUCCGGGUCACGGUUUGCUUCACAAUGAUGAUGAUGAUAAUGAUGAUGGUAAAACGAGGAAGGGUUUUCUCAGGCUUUAUACUACACUAUAUGAACUUGGAUGAAGAGAGCUACAUUUCUGAAAAGUGAAGGAUCUCAGCGUGAGUAGAUCAUCACAAGAAUUGUGAUUUGUUCUUUAUGUAUAAUUUUUUUAAAUUGAAUGUACAGCAAUAAUUCGGAAAGCCGCGUGUGUGUGUGUGUGUGUGUGUGUGUGUGUGUGUGUGUGUGUGUGUGUGUGUGUGUGUCUCAAAUACGCAAAGGCCUGGCCUUUGCUUCAACACUAAACUCUGAUGUCUGUAUUACUGUCUCAGAUUCUACAGUGCUGUCUGGAAUAAUACAUAAAAAAAAAAAAACAUCUCUCUAUAAGCGCUAUCUAGUAGCUUAAUAAUCCUAGCACAAAGUAUUUAUUCUUUUAUCGAGUAUUUAAACGGCGUCUCGUAAAUUCAGUUCUAAUGUCCUAUAUUGAAGUCUGUUCAGUCCCCGGUACUGUAGCGCCCUCUACUGACUUGAACAAAACACUGAAUUUGUUUGUAUUUGUGUUAAGUGCUUUAAUAAGACUGUGUCCUUCUAUUUUUUUCUUUUUUUUCCUCCCUAUACAAUUUUUGGAUGAUCGUAUUUGGGACCAGGCGUGUUUUUUUUUUUUUUUUUUUUUUUCCCCUAACGUUUUGUCACAUCUUUGCUAAAGACAACGCGUUUUUAAAAGCCUUUUGGUUUAUUCAGUGCUUCAUCUCAGUAUCUGUCAUCUACCAAUGCAUCCACGUAAACACCUCUGAAACACGUGCCUUUAUCGUCGGCUUCUGACUGGUUUUUAAUCAUCUCUUACAUCCGUUCAUCUCUUUUUUGUUCAAAUAAGAGGUUUUGUGUGUCUCUUUAAAGUUGUCUUUUUGUUGUAAUCCCAUUAUUUUGAUUAUUUGUAUUGGCCGCUUUUAUAUUUGUUUUACAAGGUCGUACAAUAAAUUGGUUGUUGGUUAAAAACA